UGAGUUGACGUUUCCGCGCUAGCCGGUUGUCAUUUGUCCCGAAAGUUCUUGAGGAUUUUCUGCAUUUUUCCUCAAUAUAGCCGUCUUUUCCAAUAUAGCCGAUCGAUAAUACCAUCAGCAAUGAGAGGCGAGGCGGACAUAGUUGAAUCUCUGAAGGCGGUUGGAUACGACGGGAAAUAUGUGGAAGAAAAAGCUUUGCAGGAAAUCAUGAACGCCGGGCCAAAGUCCGAAGCGUUUAGAGCACUUAUAACUUGGAUAGCGAAUGAAGUCCAUGUUGUUGGGAACACCGAUGAAAAGAUUGCCAAAGAUACGGACUUCAAUGAGUUCAUGCUAGAAAUGUCUGGCCUGCUAAAGGAACUGGGAUGUCCUUAUUCACAGUUCAUUGCAGGUCCUCUAACAGGCCGCUUGCAAACAAGGGAGUCGCGUAUUCUCCUUUUGGACUUUUUGAUCACAGAACUCAUGGCCAUGAAAAUGAUUCUCAAAUCGAAACCACAAGAAGAUUCGUAUGUCAUCCCUGUGUUUGAAAGUUCGACGGCGCGUGCUCUAGUUAAUAUAACAAAAGAAUUGAACUUGGGUAAACCUCCAGAUAAUAUUCCUCUGAAAACUCUAUUCGAUAAAAUUUCUGUUCGACUGGAUGAAGCGAUUAAGAAGACAAACCCCAAAAAACUAUCGCAGCCGCUGUUCAAGCCGAACGUUCAGCUGACCGAAGAUCAAUGGAAAAAAUUAAAUGAUUUGCAUAAAGAACUAGAUAAGGAAUACAAUUUGCGGCGGCAAAUGUUGUUAACACGUUUGGAUGUAACUGUUCAAUCGUUUCAGUGGUCAGAAAAAAUGAAAGGGAAAGAAGAUAAUAUUGUGAAGAGAUAUCAAAAGAAAAAACAGGAAUUAGACCAAUUGACGCAGGGCGACUUGGGCACUGAUAUCCCUUCACUCCUUGCCGCUAGAGAGGAUUUAGCAAUCAUAGAGAAAACCAGCAACGCAAACGUUAGGAAAAACACGGCAUCGAAAAUUCAGAAACAUGUUAUUGGAAGGGUACCGGAUAGAGGAGGCAGAGCAUAUGAGCAUGCUCCUCCACCACCUGAAAUGCCAUCUUGGCAGCAGAAUCGUGCCAGUGGCCCGCAAGGAGGAGGUGGUGGUCGAGGCGGUGGCCGUGGAGGCGGACGAGGUGGUGGUGGCGGUGGAAAUUGGAAUCAGCAACCUCAACAGCAAAGGGGUGGUCAAGGACAAAAUUAUAACCAACGUCAGCAAUUCGAUCAGAGACCACCGUUCAACCAGCAACAACAAUAUAACCAGCCUCAGCAAUUCAAUCAGCAACCGCAAUAUGAUCACAGACAACAAUAUAAUAAUAACCAAGGAGGAUACGGAGGUGGUGGUGGCGGCGGUGGAAAUCGUGUCCAAGGCGGUUGGUCACAAAGAGGAGGCGGACAAGGCGAUAGUUAUGGGGGAAAUCAAUACAACAACAAUCAGCAAGGCGGAAAUUACGGUGGCCAAUACGAAGGUCGACAAGGUGGCGGGGGUGGUGGCGGUAACAGGGGAAGAUCGAAUUACAACCGUGGCGGCGGUGGAGGUGGUGGGGGAGGUGGCGGUAACAGUGGAUACUGGCGUUAAAAUUCGACUCAAUUCACAUUGCCUGUAUAAUACUAACAUAAUUAAAUGGAAUACCAAUCUUGUUGGUAAGCCCAACCUCUGCAGUAAUUUAAUUCAAGACUGUUAUCAAAGGUCACUAGUUUCCGUCAGAAAACUCUUGCGUUUCUUUGAAUUGAAGUAACUCAGUCUCCAUUUAAAUGGACUGCGGUACUCUCGAACAUAUGAACAUAAUUGUCAUAAGCAUAAUUGUAACUAUUUUUAUUAAUAUUAAUAAAUUCCAUGUGUGUAUUGAACUA